CGAGUGGCGAUCCAGUGGUUACAGCAUUCGAGUGCUACACUUCGAGACGCACAGCGCAACAAGCCAGGAUUAACUUUCCGAGUCAGGACUAAAAGCUGAAAAAACGCAAACCCAACAUAAUGAAGGUGUUCAUUGUACUCUGCGCACUGGUGGCCUGUGUUUCGGCAGGAGUGGUCCGAUCCUCGGGCUGGGGAUCCAAUCCUUGGGGCGGCAGCAGCUCUGGAUGGAACAGUGGCUGGGUCGCCCAGCCGCAGGUCAUUAAGGUCAUAAAGAUCGGAGGAGGCGGCGGCUCUGGAUGGGGAGGAAACUCCGGAUGGGGCGGCAACUCAGGAUGGGGCGGCAACUCCGGAUGGGGCGGUAACUCCGGAUGGGGCAGCAACUCCGGAUGGGGUGGAAACUCUGGCUGGAGCAGCGGCAAUUCCGGAUGGAACAGCAAUGGAUGGUCCAGUUCCAGCUCCAAUAGUGGAUGGUGGUAAAGAGUCGAGCAGUUACCAUCUCGAAGGAGGCGAAGCCCAAGCCCCAACCCAAACUCUAAGCUCCAAUCCCAAUCGUGAUCCCCUCUCUCCGCACCUGGUUCACAAUCCACACAAUUUAAUAACAUAGUCUCUAAGUACAUUUUUUUUGUGUAACAAUUAAAUAAACCAAUAAGUCAAAGGCAUA